CAGGGUUUAGAGAGAGAUUAACCACAUAUAAAGCUUCAGUAUAAUCCGCAAAUUCAGAGCAACAACUACUCUAAGAACAACAUUUUUGCUCGCAACUCGCAGUGUUUUGGACCUUGCAAAGCCUGUUACACUUGGAUUUACUUCAGGGUAGUCAUCAUCAGUAACACAAAGGUACAAAAAGGGAACAAUCAUGAAAAAGGGAAAGGUGAGUGAUGACAAUGAGCCACCCAGUUAUCAGGAGGCGACUGCAGGCUAUGGGGAGAUGGAGGCCCAGUUCGCCUGGGAUGACAAGACCAUCAGGCGGACCUUCGUCCGGAAGGUGUACGCCAUUCUCAUGGUUCAGCUGCUUGUCACAGUGGGAAUUGUUGCUCUCUUCUCAUUUUGCGCACCUGUGAGGUUUUAUAUUCAGACUCAUCCUGGCUUGUACACGGCAUCUUACCUCAUGUUCUUUGCCACUUACAUUGCGCUGUCCUGCUGUGGAGACCUGCGGAGGCAGUUUCCUUGGAAUAUCAUAUUGUUAGUUCUCUUUACUUUGAGCAUGGCCUUCAUGAUGGGAUUUGUGUCAAGCUUUUAUAACACCAAAUCAGUGAUGCUGUGUCUGGGAAUCACGGCUCUGGUGUGUCUUUCUGUCACCAUCUUCAGCUUCCAGAGCAAGAUUGAUGUCACAUCCUGUCAGGGCGUCCUGUUUUCUUUGUGUGUGGUCAUGCUUCUCUGUGCCAUCACCAUCUCCAUUGUUGUCCCUUUCGGAUAUGUUCCCUGGUUACAUGCCACUUAUGCUGUGGUAGGAGCCAUUCUCUUCACUAUGUUCCUGGCAUUUGACACUCAGUUGCUGUUAGGGAACAAGCGCUACUCCAUAAGUCCAGAGGAAUAUAUUUUUGCCACCCUCAGCCUCUACCUGGACAUCAUCUACCUGUUCAGCUUCCUACUACAAAUCAUGGGAGGAGGCCGCGAGUAAAGCAUCUCCUCCACUUUUCCCUGCAUGCUCUAUAGCUGUCUCUCAGCUGAACUAUUUGAAUUCUCAACAAACUCAACAACCCACUUGGAUUAAUUACCCACAUGAACCAGAUGACAUCAGGGCUAUGCGGGUUUUGAAUUAAUCACUGUUAUAGUUUUUUUUUCCAUUUUUAUUUUUUUAUACAUGAAUCAAAACUUGUUCUCUGCUUUUGGUUAUGUAACCUUGUCUAUACAAUCCCGCCUGAUACCUUACCGUAGAUGUUCACUGUACUCUGGCCAUUCUGGUUGAUCUGUUUUUGUAUCCCUCUAGUGUCUAAAUCGGCUCAUAAGUGGAUAAAACACCAAAACCACAGUUGAAUAUAUUCAGGUUUUCCUUGCUGCAUUAAUGUGCACAAUGUUCAUGCAUUUAGAACUUAAAGCAGUUCAGCAUAUUUGAUUAAGCUGAUCUACUUGCAUGAUUCUUGCAGUUCUUGGUUCGUACCCACAUGGCUGAAUCCACAGAUGGUUUUUUGGAUCAAAUUGUCAGUUAAAUAAAUGUAAUGUAAUCCAUCAAUGAUGCAAAAACAGGGAACAUUCAGGAAAUCUUUUCCAGUUCAGCAGGGUUUAGUAUGCUUUAAUAACCAUGUACAAUAUAUAGUGUUUGUUUUAUACUUGUUUUUAAUGCAUACCAUCAUAGAUGACAAGUUUAAUGUUUUACUGUAUGAGUGUGAGAUACUUUCAUAGUAACAGGUCAGUUUGAGCAUGGAUGUUUUCUGGGGAAAUACUCUAUGAGGGAAAGAUGAAUAAGGGGAUUUCAGCUAACAUCAAGACUUUUGAAGCUAAGAUACAACCAACCACAAAGGGAAAAUGUGUUUGUAGCAGCAUACAUACUUUAACAACUUACUUUAGUUAUUAGAGAUCAGUUGCAAUUUAUAUUCUAACUUUAAUGUGGCCUUUGGGAUCUGAUAGAAAAUUAUUAUUAUUAGAAAUGUUUAACUGUAUAGCAAAUAAAACAUGUUAAUAUAUAUUUUUUCUAAAGACAAUGAGCAGUGUCCAUUUGACUGUGACAUUAUUAAAAUAAAACUGACAUGU